GAGAGAUUAUGAAUGCUUUGAGAUUGAAAUUAUAUCAUCCCGAGAAUAAGAAUGUUCAAGAGAAGAUUAUGAAUGAUUUGAGUUUGAAAUUUAAACCUACUGCAGCUACAUUGUCUGUGAAAUUGGAGCACGGAGAGAGCCUUGAUUUUUGAGGAGGAGAUCAUCGCUAUCUCAUAUAUGUUCGUGGAUUUGGAAUCAAGAGAAAUGUUGAAGUUGAUGCUUGGUUGUUGCAAAGUUUACAUAUCUGAAAGUCGUAAUAGGGCAGCACUAGAGUCAAUUGAGAAAGCUACCAAACUAUACCAAGGGGUGGCUAUUGUUAACAAGUUUGAAGAUGAAGCUUAUAAUCGGGUUGGAUACACCAUUGUUUCUAAGUUUACUCCAAAUGCGGUCGAGGAAUCUGGGGCCUUUAGAAAAGCUGUGGUGGCAAUGGUUAGAGCUGCUUUUGAUUCUAUAGACCUUGAAUUACAUUGUGGGACUCAUCCUCGGCUGGGGGUUGUGGACCAUAUUUGCUUCCACCCUUUAGCGCAGACUUCUCUGGAUGAAACAGCUAGGCUUGCAAAAUCGGUGGCAACUGACAUUGGCUCCAGUCUUCAAGUUCCCACCUUUCUGUAUGGAGCAGCUCAUCAAGAGGGAAGAAAGCUUGAUUUAAUCAGGAGACAACUGGGUUAUUUCAAGCCCAAUUUGGAAGGAAAUCAGUGGGCAGGAGCUCUUGAGUCAGACUCUUUGCCUUUGAAACCGGAUGAAGGUCCAAAUAAAGCAACGCCAACUAAAGGGGUUGUAGUAGUCGGAGCAACUCAGUGGGUUGAUAACUAUAACGUGCCCAUCUUCACUAAUAACAUAGCUGCCGUUCGUAGAAUUUCAAGACGGGUGAGUGGGCGAGGAGGAGGGCUUCCGUCUGUUCAAGCAAUGGCACUUGCUCAUGGUGAGGACAUUAUUGAGGUGGCGUGCAAUUUGUUGGAGCCAAGUAAAUUCACUGCUGAUCAGGUUCAACAUGAAGUCGAGCGACUUGCUGUUGAAGAAGGGAUGACUGCAGGGAAGGGUUAUUACACAGAUUUUUCUCAGGAGAAGAUCAUUGAAAGUUACUUGAAACUAAAUUCGAUUGUGUGAUACACUUUUAAAAACUGUAAGUUUUUCCAUGUGAAUUGAUUGUUCAAAUGCCAUUACAAUCAGAAUAACUUCUGUUUUGCGUCUAUUAUCUAGUCAAAAUAGCUUACCUUGAGGGCCUUCGGUAA